AUGACUCCCAGCUCCGUACCUUCAACCGCCACUGUGGUUGACUUUAUCUGCCUGUUUACACACGAUUUGAAGAGAAAGCAGAAACGCUGGCAGGAUGGCGUUCUAAAAUACCACACAUUCAACAAACGGGUGAUGGUAUAUGAUGACCGAAGUCACUUUAUUGGCGAUGCUCACUGGCAGGGAGGUGGCGACCUUGAGCCUGGUGAUGAGUUCGAGCUUGAUCGUGGCUCUGCCAUUGUGCAGGUUUCGGACUGCACUGGGAAGCGAGAACAGGACCUCACAGAAUUGUUGGAUAAGCGCGCAAAAGAAGUCGAAAAGAGGCGAUCAAAUGCUGGGACAAGGACACCGCGAUCGACAGCAGCAACUGCUCAUACCCCCAGAAACGAUCAGAAUACACCUCAUUUCCGACUUAGACACCGUCCGCUCAACGAUCUGGUAGGGGGUGCAACUAGAACUGGAAGAGCUGUCAUCCCCCCCCAUUCUCCGUACCAAGUGCGCAAGAUGGCCGAGAGCCCUGCUCAACAGCCAGAUUCACCUACAGAGGACGCGCGCCCGUCGAAGAGGAGAAGGCAAGAAGAGUCACCUCCGAGCAAAAUGGGACACGCUCGUGCCCUCUUCGGGACGACAUUGACUUUGACGCCCUUUUCGUCUUCAGUCUCGGCAGCUCGGAGUCAAGCGUUGCCUGCCAAGACAAACAUGAAACCCAAGAACACGUCAAUGAGCACAAGAACUGAUGUACUGGAUGCUUCCAAACGAACCAAGACAAGUUCAGAAGCACCACCAUGCUCAAAAGAUCCUGAAGAGCCGGAGACCCGUGCUACUAACCAGACUGCACCCCGCCGGGUGUUCACACAACGAGCUUCGCUGAAAGAACUACUGGCGGGCAAUGAGCAGAACUGGAACGAAGAACAUCCUCCACAAAGAGAGUCGAUAUCGAAAGGCCGCCCAAAUAUGCCGGGAAAAGCAAGACCUUUUUUAUCACAUAACUCAGACAAUUCCAUUUCACUUUUUACACAAACCGAACAAUCGGAGCGUUUGGACAAUGCAGUUCAAAAUCUCAAACGCUCUGCCAGCACUCGGCAAGUACCUGCAGUGGAUAAAUCUUCCAGGCCUAUACCCUCCGCAGUAAAUGUAGAUAUUGGGGAUUCAAGUCGAAACCGAAAGGAGCUAGCAGAGACCAAUGACGACGCGUUCCUCAGCUGGCUCGCACAGGGCGAUGGUGCUUCAUCUGGCCACCAAACGCCAAUAGUUCCAACGAACCUUAGCACCGCACGUCUAGAGAAGUCCAAGACUGAUAGAGGAACAAUGUAUCAGAAGACUAUGGAAGAGGCAAAUCAUGGGGUAGCUCAAAACCCAAUCCAGAUCGACGAGGAUGAACAAUCCCACCCACGCAAAGUCACCCAGACACGUCCUCGAAACGCUACCCCCAAACCACCCAGGAAGAACCAGUCAGCUGCCGUGAAGACUCAUGGCACUAAACGACCAUUGAGUACCGACAGAGACCCGCCUGCACAAACUGGAGCAGUUGAACCCCCGCCUGCCAAGGAACCGAGAACCGAGCUUCGUAUCAGAUCGAGGCAGCGUCGUGGGUUGCUUAUGGUAGCGCAGAACAAGCAAGGUGACAGAGCAGGGUCAUUGGGAAGACUGCUCCCCUUGUCGUUAGGAACAGGAAGCGACGCACAUACCUCAGAUCGUCCCGCUGUUCCUAUAAUGCAAUUGCAAGAAGAAUCCGGCAUAGCCCACGACGAUGCGAAAGGCACUGACCCACCACCGCCACCAGCCAAAGGGAAGAACUCCGUUGUGCUAGAACAUCCCAGCUCUAUCCAAGAGCCCUGCGACAAAUCUGCUAAUAACUUCGACUCAGUGGCAGUAGAAAAAGUAUCGGGUGAGGAGUCGAAUGAGAACCCGAACCCGAUGCGAGGUUUGGCAGGUGAAACCCCCCAAAUGGAGGAGGAUUCAGCUUCGGAUAAUAUUGUUUCUGAGAAAGAUAGAGCCUCAGCGACGCCACCUCGGCGCACAAACCCGAGUCGGCGUACACGGGGAAAGGCAGCUCAAGUUGUGCUCAGUGACAAUGAAGAGGAAAUCGCAGCAAGGAACCCACCCUCAAAAGCUGGCGAUUCUGAUAACCAAGACGAGAACUCAUCAACCGAUACUGAGUCUGCUCGAGAGCGCCAGCCCAUGACUAAACCCAAAGCUAAGGCGGAAACAAGUUCUGGUCCUCGAAUUACCAAGAUGUCAAGAAAGAGUGUGAAGAGUAGGGAGAUAAUUGGCUUUACCAUACCAGUCGAAGACUUUCCACCUCCUAACUUCGGCAUUGCAACUACCGCGUAUAUCGAACCCUGCCACCAGAGAAAGCGAAUCCUGCGAGCGACACAGUCCGAUCAGAGCUACCAGGAUUUUGCAGGCCAAAUGGUGGUGCUUGGAUUCUGCCACUUUGGUAGAUUCAGCUCACUUGCUACUCUCUAA